AUGACAUUCUUCUCGGGACCGUCGAUGUAUAUCGCAGUAGAUCUUGACGUGCAAAAUUACUUCUAUAGAGCCGACAGCCGCGAAUGGUCAACUGGUUCAAAUUUGGGACCGCAGCUUACCUUAGUGCCUGCUGGUCAGAGCUCUCCUCUCUCUAGUUCUGUGGUAUACAGGCACACCUGGGGUGAGAUCCUGAUAUGGCCUCAGAAAAAAUUCAUAGCGCGAUGGAUGGAUCUGGAUACUAGAAUGGAAAGUAGUGAUGCAGUGACUUGGGUAAUGGAGUCCAGCCCAAGCGCGACGCAGAAAGCUUACCAAGUAACAAUCUCUCUGAACUUCGAUCUUCCUCACCUCACACAUUACCAACCUACAAUCGCUACGGGCCAUAUCCACAGCAUUCGCCAUCGAUCGCAACCCAACCUUCCCUUCGAGUCUCGAUCAGCUUACAAGCAAACAUCAAGCUACAAAGCAACGUCCCUGCCUUUACUUACCGCACGCACCGGUAAAUACACGACCUCACCGAGCAGAUAUCCAUUUCACAUCGCCAUGGACUCUCAAGAGUUGCUCGUAGCGGAGAUCCUCGCCUACGGGCCCGCUCGGCACCACGCCACUGCGGACGCAGAACCGCCGGACGCUGAAGUGAUGCAAGCUGCCCACAUCUUGGUGGUUUCGCAUCAGGACGAGAAGGCUGCAGGAGAGCCAGAAGGGAUGGCUGAGUCCGAUGCAGACCUUUCGGAUUCGGACACGGUGGUCGGGACCUGGGACGACGCGGAAGGUAGAGUCAUCACCCCGAGCGAGGGAGGAUAUGGGGUCUGA